UCAGUUUAGUCAGUCGCAUUCGCGCGUCGUUGUGACACUGGUUUCUGUCAUUGUGAACGCGUGCUAAGGUUAUCAUCGUGCACUGUUAUGGUUAAAAGUGUUCCUUAAAAAUUAUUAUAUUUGAACACCCGUGGUAUUAUACGAACAACGGUCUAGCCUGUGAUCUGUGAGGAAAAGGAUCGUUCGAAAUGGGCGCCAACAACGGCACGAGGUGCUUAGCACUUUUCGCGGCAUUAUUUCUUUUCGUCGAAAGUGGCUACAGUCUACGAUGCUAUCAGUGCAGCAGCACAAACAACACGCAUCCAUUCCAAUGCAACGAAUUUCUUACGAGCGACGUCGAUAUCGGCCCCGAGUCGUGUGACGCUGUUUUCGGGGCCCAGUACUGUGUGAAACAUACUGGCCGAUUUGAGGCCACAAGUCUGGAUUGCUAUCAAUGUACAUCGGAAGGGGAACUGGUCUGCGGAGACGACAAAUUGGUUCUAAGUACCUUGCAACCAUCGAACUGCAGUCACGUUUACGAUGCACGUUAUUGCAUCAAAUCAGUCGGACGAUAUGGAGGUGGAAUAGGUACAAAACGAUUCUGUUCAGCUGUGGAUCUGGGGAACUAUUGCGAUUACGUGAAUCAACAGGGAGAUAAAUUAACUUACCGUACCUGCAUCUUCACCUGUUCUGGCGAUGGUUGCAAUCCAGCGACCACUUUCAAACCAACUACCGCGUGGAUGAUACCGAUCGGGGUACUGUUAGCUCAUAAGUUUUUCCUCCAGAGGUAGACACUUUCGCGUAACAAUUUCAUACCUCCCGCGAAAUUUCAAAGGUAAUGUUUACCCCCCUUCACCGUUACACAACAAAUUAUUGCAAAUUGUCCCUACUAUCGGAAAACUAACACGUUGACAGUGUAUUGUAUUCUUGAUAUCGAAAAACUUAAACAAAUCUGUUGUUUCAUUAUGAUAUUACUGGAGUGAAAAUUUGGACAGUCAAUGUGUUGAUCAGAAAUGAAUUUUUGAAGUAGUGUUAAUC